CGCACGUGAUGUGAGAUGUCUCAUGCUAGCCACCAUGACCCCGGAGCUCCAAAGGCUCCACAAGGACAUGGAAGCUCAUCCUAUGAUGACUCGCUUGAAAGGUCUAUACCAAGGCCAGGCUAGACAUGAGCGUUUCAAAAUCUCUACGACUCUGUUUUCCAGUAAGCUGGCAACGGGUAACCCAGUUGGUCCCCACGUUCUCAAGAUGAUCGGUCAGAUCGAAACUCUUGAAAAACUGGACGCCCCGUUGCACCCUAUGCUGGCAACUGAUCUCAUCUUGGGAUCAUUACCAGCUGAGUAUAGUCAAACUGUAGUGAACUUCUACAUGAACAAACUAGAGAUGACUAUGCCUGAGCUACUGAAAUUCCUCACAACUGCUGAGGAGAGUCUAGGGAAGGGCAAGGGUAAGUCUGUCGUGAUGGUAGAGGGCAGUACUGUUGCGAAGAAGAGUGGGCCACGUUCGCCGGUCGGGACCAAGCGCAAGGGUUCUAAGAAACCCAAGCCAGCGUCCAACUCCUCUUCGUUGAAACCCAAAGAAGGAGCUAAGAAGAAGUCUGCUGUAUGCUAUUAUUGUGGCAAAAAGGGCCACUGGAGGCGCAACUGCGCAAAAUUACUGGCAGAGAGGAAAGAGGGAAAGAAACCUCAAACCUCAGGAUCUGCAUGAACGUAGACAAUUGACGGAGGGAGAGAUACAACUAAAAGUCGGCAAUGGCGCACUCGUAAAUGCAUUAGCCGUCGGAACCUAUAGUUUAUCUCUACCUUGUGGUCUUGUAUUGCAGUUAAAUAAUUGUCUGUUUGUACCUAGUAUGAGCAGAAACAUCAUUUCUGUAUCCUGCCUUGACAAAGCAGGAUUUUCGUUCGUUGUAAAAGACAAAACUCUUUCUGUCUUUAGAAAUGAUAUAUUUUAUGCAAGUGCAAAAAUUACCAAUGGUCUCUAUGUCCUUGACAUGGAUACCGCAAUAUAUAACGUAGAUGUUAAGAGAAACAAACCUAACAGUUUGAAUCUCGCGUACCUUUGGCAUUGUCGUUUGGGCCACAUUAACGAGAAACGCAUAUCUAAGUUACAUCGUUCCGGU